AUGAUCAAGGACAAUCUAGGAUAUUUUUAAAGAAUGUCUGAUUCAGAGCAAGAAUUUUUGGAUGAGCAAGAUGAAUUGCCUCCAGAUGAAAUAAGUGGCCCAUCAAUUUUGCUAAAGUCACCCCCAAGACCUGGACCCAAGGAUGAAGCUUAUGAAGAAAAACUGGAAAAAGACAGGAGCAAUCGAUUCAACUUUUUGCUGAAACAAACAGAAUUGUUCGCUCAUUUCAUGCAAACUGGGGCCCAGGCUGGUGGAGGGGGUCCAACUAGUCCAUUAAAAAUGAAAGGCCGGCCAAGACUUCACAAAACUGAUGAGAAAUCUAAGCUGGUGGCAGCAGGAGAUCACCGUCAUAGAAGGACAGAAGAGGAAGAAGAUGAGGAACUUCUAACAGAAGCAAAGAAAUCUGGAAAUGUACUUUUGAGAUUUGAAGCAAGUCCAUCCUAUGUAAAGGGUGGAGAAAUGAGAGACUAUCAAAUUAGAGGUUUGAAUUGGAUGAUCUCCCUUUAUGAGAAUGGUAUCAAUGGUAUUCUAGCCGAUGAAAUGGGUCUCGGCAAAACAUUACAGACCAUUUCUCUGUUGGGCUACAUGAAACAUUACCGUAACAUUCCUUCCCCUCAUUUGGUCAUUUGUCCAAAAUCCACAUUGGCCAACUGGGAAGCUGAAGUUCAGCGCUGGGUUCCUUCACUUAGAGCAGUUUGUCUAAUAGGUGACCAGGAAAAAAGAGCUGCUUUUAUCCGAGAUGUUCUAGUACCUGGGGAAUGGGAUGUGUGCAUCACUUCCUAUGAGAUGUGCAUCAGAGAGAAAUCAGUCAUGAAAAAAUUCAACUGGAGAUACAUCGUCAUUGAUGAAGCUCACAGAAUUAAAAAUGAAAAGUCAAAACUUUCAGAAAUUGUCAGAGAAUUUAAAUCCACCAAUAGAUUGUUAUUGACAGGAACACCUCUACAAAACAAUCUUCAUGAACUGUGGGCGCUGUUAAACUUUCUUCUACCUGAUGUCUUUAAUAACUCAGAGGACUUUGAUGCUUGGUUCACUGCCAAUAAAUGUUUUGGAGAUCAAGAAUUGGUGGAGAGAUUGCAUGCUGUCCUGCGUCCAUUUUUGUUAAGACGUAUCAAGUCUGAUGUGGAGAAAAAACUUCUUCCUAAAAAAGAAACCAAAGUUUUCAUAGGACUUAGUAAAAUGCAAAGAGAAUUGUACACUAAGAUUUUAAUGAAGGAUAUCGACAUAGUGAAUGGGGCUGGUCGUUCUGACAAGAUGAGACUGCUGAAUAUUUUGAUGCAACUGAGAAAAUGUUGUAACCAUCCUUACUUAUUUGAUGGCAUGGAACCUGGUCCCCCAUACACUACAGAUCAACAUUUGGUGGAUAAUUGUGGGAAAAUGGUUAUUUUAGAUAAACUGCUACCCAGACUCAAAGAGCAAGGGUCUCGAGUUUUGAUCUUCAGCCAAAUGACUCGAAUGUUGGAUAUCCUUGAAGACUAUUGUUUUUGGAAAUGUUAUGAGUAUUGUCGUUUGGAUGGACAAACACCUCAUGAAGAACGACAAAAAUCCAUCAUGGACUUCAACCAUCCAAAUAGUAGCAAGUUUGUUUUCAUGUUGAGUACCAGAGCUGGAGGCCUGGGCAUCAAUCUGGCCACUGCUGAUAUUGUCUUACUCUUUGACUCAGACUGGAACCCUCAAGUGGAUUUACAAGCCAUGGAUCGUGCUCAUCGUAUUGGCCAGAUGAAACAGGUCCAUGUGUUUAGAUUUAUUACUGACAACACAGUGGAAGAGAGAAUUGUUGAGAGAGCAGAGAUGAAGUUACGUUUGGACAAUGUUGUCAUUCAGCAAGGUCGUCUAGUGGAUCAAAACACCAACAAACUAGGUAAAGAUGAAGUGUUGAACAUGAUUCGCCAUGGAGCCAGUCAUGUGUUUGCUAGCAAAGAGAGUGAGAUCACAGAAGAAGACAUUGAUGCUAUAUUAGCAAGAGGAGAAAAGAAGACUGAAGAGCUAAAAGAAAAAAUGGACCAACUUGGAGAAAGUAGUUUGCGGACAUUCACAAUGGAUGCCCCUGACAGUGUCUAUCAGUUUGAAGGGGAAGACUACAGAGAGAAACAGAAACUUGGAACCAUCGGGGCCUGGAUUGAACCUCCCAAGAGAGAACGCAAAGCCAACUAUGCUGUGGAUGCUUAUUUUAGAGAGGCUCUACGAGUCAGUGAACCCAAAACACCAAAAGCACCUCGACCUCCUAAACAACCCAGCAUUCAAGAUUUCCAGUUUUUUCCUCCUAGACUUUUUGAGCUUUUAGACAAAGAAAUUUAUUAUUUUAGGAAAACUAUUGGCUAUAAGGUUCCCAAAAAUCCAGAGUUUGGUGCUGAUGCUGACAGAAUUCGUAAGGAAGAACAAGCUAAAAUUGACCAAUCAGCUCCCUUAGAUGAAGAAGAGUUGGCAGAGAAAGAAUCUUUACUGAAAGAGGGUUUUACAAACUGGAGCAAAAGAGACUUCCAACAGUUUAUCAAAGCCAAUGAGAAAUUUGGUCGAGAUGACAUUGAAAGUAUUGCCAGAGAAGUGGAGGGAAAGACACCUGAAGAGGUGAACCAGUACAGUAGUGUCUUCUGGGAAAGAUGUAAUGAACUUCAAGAUAUAGAGCGUAUUAUGGCUCAGAUAGAAAGGGGUGAAGCCAGAAUUCAAAGAAGGAUUAGCAUCAAGAAAGCACUAGAUGCCAAGAUGUCUAGGUACAGAGCUCCAUUCCAUCAACUCCGAAUCCAGUAUGGAACUAACAAAGGCAAGAACUACACUGAAGAGGAGGACAGAUUCUUGGUGUGCAUGUUACACAAACUUGGUUUUGACAAGGAAAAUGUGUACGACGAAUUGAGACAAGCUGUGCGCCAGGCACCACAAUUCAGAUUUGAUUGGUUCAUUAAAUCAAGGACAGCUAUGGAGCUCCAGAGGAGAUGCAACACUUUGAUCACACUGAUAGAGCGUGAGAACAUGGAACUAGAGGAGAAAGAAAAGGCGGAGAGAAAGAAGAAAGGAGGAAAGACAGCGGCUAAAGGGGUGAAGAGAAAGAGCGAAGCCACGCCCACCAAGCCAACAAACAGUGCCAAGAAGAAGAAAGCUUAAAACCAAUGAGAGAGCGCGUUGUGUAUAGAGAACAUUGUCCUAACGGGAGGGGGGGAGGGUCAUGUUGAAAGAAGAUUUUUAUUGUUGUGCAGAUCUGAUCUAGUUUGACAACUAGGGUCCAGCCAAGCCAUUGUUAAUAUGAAUGAUUGAUUACUAUGUGCUGGUAGCAUAUAAUUCUGAUCCACUGGAAUAAAUCAUUUCAAUUUCUUGAUGAUUUUGCUUUCUCAUUAACAUAUAUAUGCCCUGUACAGUCAUUGUGCAUUAUUGUAUAACAUAAACAGUAAGUGGUGGAGAAGGCAUAGCUACUGAUAGCUCCGUUGUCACAUAAAAUAUUUUUUAGUUUGUAUUCAUUGUUUUUGUAGUUUUCCUGUACAUCCCUCUAGUUUGGCGUCCCUAGUUAGGGUGGCCUAUUGCCCCUGAAUGAUUGUAUUUGUUGUAUGUAGUUUUGAUGUUGUUCAUUUUGAAUAUGAUGUCUUUAUCAUUUAUACAUGAAAUAAACUACUCUUCUUGG